AUGUCUUAUCGUGCAUGUUAUUCGAUUGCUUCUGGGGCUAAUAAUGUUCGUCAUUUCUCAAGGUCGAGCUUUCCCCGAUUAGGUGCCCUCAACGUCUCCAGUUCCCGAUUAGGAUCCCGCCAGUUUUGUUAUGAUCAUAACAGCCUUUUAGCUGACUCAUACUUGAAGAGGGAAUCUCUUAAGUUGAACUCUUCUUCUUUUUCCCCUCGACACGCUUUCUCACUCAACCAAUUUUCUCGAUUCUCCAGUACUGCACGCCGGAUGAAUCUUUUUGACCUGCAGCCGGUGGCGUUGCUGCUCCACCCAGCUGCGCUCACCAAACAUCUCCAAAUUAUCCUGAAGAGCGACUCUUCCACAAAAAGUAUCAAUGCUAUCAAUUCACACAUUCUUCAUCUAGCACACACAGAGGCGGUUCCCCAUUCCGUAUACCGUGUCUGGCUGUCUAAUGCCUGCAAAUAUGAGCCCACUCUACUUUAUGGUGCUCUUCGUGACCAGGCAGCUGGAGUUCGCAUAGCAGCAAUCAAAAUUAUCUCAAACAUUUUCACCAAACCUUCUCGGAAAGAGCGCGGGUGGGACUCACUCGGAGGCGCGCAGGGCAUCAAGGAAAUUCUCGAUGGACUCCCCUUAGUCGAAGUGAGUUCCUUCGUCAAAGCCAUUUGCCAAGGUGGCUACAACGCCGGGGGCAGGGAUUUGCUAGCGACAUGUUUUGAUGAGCUCGUAGCUCUGAUCGACGCAUCUGAUACAUGGACUUCGAGAUCAUUAUCAUCAUAUGUAGCCCCGCUGUAUUCUCGUUGCACUUCCAAGAAAGUGGCUGAGAUCUUGAAUUCCGAGGCUACUAGUCCGGACAAAUUUUACCGCGAUGCCAGUCGACUACAUCCAAACCUCUUCAGACAGGUGGCGAUUGGUGUUGUGAAAAGCGACCCGCGAAAACAAAUCAAGAUUUUGCAGGAUUGCGCUGAAAUCUUAGUGGCAUCGAAAGAAGCAUACAACCCGGUUUAUUCCACUAAAAUCCAAUCGGAAAUCUUCUCUCCAGGUCUGAGAUUUGGCGUGGAUAUAUUAUCGUAUAUGAAGACCAUCGAGCCUGAAUUUUGCAAAGGGAAUAUGCCCCGUCAAUGGAUCACGCUAGUCUUAAACCUCGCGAUUCGCCGCGGAGUACCAUUUGAUACGAUCAUGCCCAUUAUAAAAUGCGGCUUAGAUAUAUCCCGACUUGUGUCAUCCCAUAAUUGGUUGGAUUCGCCUCUUGCAAAAGAUGUAGUUCGGUGCUGGUCGAUGAUACGGUUUGGUACAUUUAAGGAUAUUCCACCAUUCCAUCCAGUCAUGACAAAGACACAUGCAGCAUCCCCUUCGCGGCCCAGUGCUGUGAACGAAGUUGCACUGGAACAAAUUUUACUAGAUCAAGUGUUGAAUCUCGAAGACCAUGGGCUUUCUGAAAAUAUGCAGGCGAACUUGAUUGACCGUCUCACGCGACUGCUCAACAAUGUACACAGCCAGGGAAGGCUCCAACUGCUACAACUUGUUUGCAAACAUGCACCUAACCUUAAUUUUGAUCUUACUGCAUGGCCUCCAUCCGAAAAAGAGAGGGAGCUUUUCCCGAUAUGGGAUUAUCGUAUUCUGGCACUGUUGGAUCCAGGACACUCCAAGGUCCUCUUCCAACGACAACUGAAAAUUCACAGCUGUGAAACCUUUUUAUCAAACACUUUGAUCAAGCAGAACUCGUGGAAUAUGAGUUGGGAGCUACAAUGCACUCUUUGGGCAAGCUGGGAGCCUGGCCUCAUUCUCGCAUGCGGGCCCGACACGCGGACUGCGAAACUGGCUUCGAUAUCAGAUGUCCGAGCCGAUGUGCAGAGGGCAAAUCUGGCUUUGAAGGGCCUACUUGAGAGUUGCAUGCUUUUGCUUCGCGAGCCUUGGGCUAAACCCCUGAUGAGAAGUAUGACAAAUAUGGUUGGUUCCAUGUUCAACACUAUCCUCGAUCUGCGGUUUAAUGCGGUGAAAUAUUACCUCAGUGACGAGCUAGCCACAGAGUCUGACCUAGUUGAAACUUUACUCGACUCCUUACUGCCAAUUAUCAUCGACUUUGAACGCGAAGGAAACAGGGAAGGCCAGGCAGUUUUCAGUUGGAGCGGCCCAGCGGGACUAAUCAAAUUUUUCAAGCGCCCUGUUAGCCCUAGUCGCGUGAACCUGUCAUUUGUAGACCGACUCCAGAAGGCAAGGGAUGAACUGUGGAAAGACCUACGUGUGCGUCUUAACCCCGAUGUCUGCAUUUUGGGACCUGGCUGGCCUCGCGGUCUUUCGAUACAGAAUUUGACUGCAGGCAAAGUGGAAUGGCUAUACCAUGCAUUGGAGCGUCCCCAAGAAGCACCAUUCUUAUCUUCCAGGGCAAAUGAGAUCCUUUUCAGCCGAAGGGAUAUUGUCAUCGCCGCGAUACCGCAGGUCGUUGAACCAAAUCGUGAUUUUGUGGAUAGCUUGGGCGUCGCAAUUCGUGCUACAGUUUCAUUAGGAGAAGAAGAAGACAAGGUGAAGUGGCUCACGCGUAUCUGGGAGCAUUAUUCCUCAGUUUUGCACGAACAUCCUUUACACCUGGAGCUUUUCCAAGAAUGGAUGGUUGGUCUUCUUGGUAACGCGCAUGAAUUGAUCAGUGUCAUUCAGCCUCCUGUUCUGCCAGCACCAGACUUACUAUUGUCGAGAGUUCCAACCGGAUCAGAGCUGACGGAAUGGGAUCCACAACAAGAUGUUGAGGAUAUGGUGGAAAUCGAUGAGCACUUAGUGAAUGAAGAAAGGCCGAGGGAAAUACCCUGCAUCUUUCUCAAUUGCCUCAUGCAAGGCAGCAUACGGUCUAGAGAUCGAGUUGUCCGCACCAGAGCUAUAAAGACUAGGGCAAGAACAAACCCCCUUGCAAUUUGGGAAGGCUUUUCUGCAUCGAAUAACGAAGGCAGGUCUGGUCUUUUCAACAAUCAAGAAGCCAUCAGAUUGUCUGCUCUGCUAUACCUGGACACUUUCGCCUCACAGUCACGGCUUCUGAAGAUGGGAUUUCCCGAUACCGAAGGUUCUCGCUACGGACCAACGUAUUUGGCAGACGAGUUUAUCACACGAGUGGCUAAUAAGGAUGACCCUUCAUGGCCCAUGUUUAAGGCAGUUGAGGCUCUGAAGAGAGGGCCCCGUGAUGUCCCAGCUCAGAUAUUGAGAGACCUUAUCUGCUCGUUGCUGGAUACAUUGAAAGCAUCACCGGAUGCUGAAAAUUACCCAAGCCUCUUAGAGUGUACACUGGACCUGAUCAAGGUCCUAUUGCACAGCAGUCAACCCCAACUCGUGGUAGAAGUGGUAUCCAGAGUAUGGACAGAGUUUCCAAAUGACUCUUCGAGCCACCGCAAAGUGAGUCUCUCAAAGAUUGGAAGAUUCCUCACCCCGAACCAGGCUGAGGACCUGGUGGAUAGCCUUGUUGGCAAUGCGUGCGAAGCACUCGGAAAUAAGAAAGCAAUAGUCAAGAUUACAACCUUGAAGAUGAUUGUACAAGGUCUUACCGAAGCGGACUUCCUUGCGCCUUCAACUCGACUACUCCACUUGGAGAAAAUUUGCAGCUCCAGUAGCCAACUUGACGUCCGCGUGGAGAUAGUCAAUUCUGCUUUCGAGUUGCUCAAGCAAUUUUGCAACGCUGAGCCGUUCAAGGUUUUGUCCAGGAUUGCCUUGUCUGCCGCGGGGCCUAGCGAGAGAGACAUGGCAAGUGAACAUGACUGGCAGGAAGCGGAGGCUGGAGGUCCACUGAUUCCCAUCCUGGAUGAUCAGCGUCCCAUCCUAGAGACGAUAAUCGAAUACCCCAACAAAGUCCCAGACAAGCUACGUUCAGAAUAUGUCCAAAAGGUCAUAUUGCCUUUGGUUACAGAAUCUGUUCGCCAGCACACCAGGUGGAUGAACAUCUUGCUCGCAAGACUCGGACUUUCACUUUCAGAUCUCGGCCUAACCGACUCAGACAUCGGCCCUUUCUCCCCCGAUCUGGUGGAUCUGGUUGUCCGUAAAUGGGCAAACUAUCUCCCAGGUACAUAUCUGCAGGAGCAUCGCGGCUGGGCACUCUCUUAUUUGCACCGCGACUCUUUCAAUCAAAUCCAUGAAGCAUUCAAAUGGACCUCGGACCCGGUUAAGAAUGAUGUUGAUGUGCAGGGUCACUUACAAUGCCUUCUCGAGUCCCAACGCUCUAGAUGUCCUUUCCGGUUUGCGUAUCAAUACUCCUCACUUGUGAAGGGCAAAGAACCAAAUGGCAUCACUCCAGAGCUUGUGCUUGAUGAAUUUGUUUACAGAGUCAAUGUGUUCACCAGGUCUCCAAUCGCCUACAAUUCCUUUUUGAAUAAAUACAGCAUCCAUCCAGGCUACAUGUUGGCAGUUUUGCACGGGUUGAGACAGGCAAGAGAGUACAACAGCAAAGAUAACUGCCCUCAUGAUAUUUCAUUUUUCACAAAGCUCAUGACCAGUAUCGUCGACGCUGCCGAACUGGUCCGGAAAGAAGGAUGGUCACCAGGCUUGACCGCUCAUCCAGUGACUAUUCCAACAAAAAUGGAGUACGAGAUUGAGCUGCUUCCAUCACCACGUUCGAAAAUAAUAUCAUCGUCCGAUUCGCCAUUGGAUGCAUUUUUGUCUGGCAUUGAUGGAUUGAUCUGCAAGUACGCUGCAGACCCUGUAUUGGUAAUGAAGGUCGAUGCCUUUGCGCCGAUCUUGGCCGAAGUCGAGCAAAAGGAAAAAGAAGGCUUUGCUUUAAAGCUUGGAGAGUACUGCGGUGAUGAACAUGACCAACAUAGGCACGUGAAGACCUGGGUCAGGGCGAAAUUAGCAGUGAUGGUGCUUCCGGACAGAAGUGGGUGGAACCCGCUACCGCUGAGUAGCGCUUCACUCGAUAUGAUCGAAAAGUGGAAGGGCAGUGACAUUGAAAUGGUCCGACAGCUUGCAUGGGCAUGGGAUUGGGAUAGCAAUGGCUCUUACGUGCCUAGGCCGUACAAUGGACUCGAGUAA